CCUCCCGGGCAGCUGGGAACCGAACCCUAGAGAAAGAGGAUGGGGCCCCCAUGGGUUUAGGGGGGAGGGGAAAAGCCAUGGAGGCACCUCCGGAACCCCUUUUCCAGGAGCGCGGUCUCCGCUGGAGACCGCGCACAGAGACACUUUCCCGGGGAUCUUAAGUGUGGGGGCGGUCGACGGGGGGCUCACCGGGACCCGACGCCCGAGGCGCGGAAAACAGAGUUGGCGGAGGGAGCGGACAACUUGCCAGGCCAUGGCCUAGGCCUUACGGGCCGGGCUCCGGCCGCAAUGACCUCUUUGCCCUGCCCCCUCCUCGGCCAGGACGCCUCCAAAGCCAUCUUCCCGGACCUCGCCCCCGCCCGGUCGGUAGUGGCUGCCUACCCGCUUGGCCUGCCCUCAGCAACCGCAGCCGCCUCCGAUUUGUCCUACUCUGGGCGGUAUGGCCACCUCCUGCCCUACCCUUACACCCGCCCAGCGACCCCCGGAGACUCCUACCUGCCCUCUCAGCAAGCCGCAGCGCCCUCUCAGCCCCUCCGCGGCCCCGCCGGGCACUCGCAAGAGCCGGAGGCAGACUUGGAGAAGCCGCAUCUGUCCCCGGUGUCCUCGGAGCGGCGCCCGCAGGUCCCAGUCAAGAAGCUGCGCAAGCCGAGGACCGUCUACUCCAGCCUGCAGCUGCAGCACCUGAACCAGCGUUUCCAGCACACGCAGUACCUGGCGCUGCCCGAGAGGGCUCAGCUGGCCGCCCAGCUCGGCCUCACGCAGACCCAGGUAAAGAUCUGGUUUCAGAACAAGCGCUCCAAAUACAAGAAACUCCUGAAGCAGAACUCUGGGGGGCAGGAAGGGGACUUUUCUGGGGGGCCCUCCUCCCUGUCUCCUUGCUCCCCACCCCUUCCAUCCCUGUGGGCUCUACCCAAGGCAGGGGCACUGCCCACUGGUGGCUAUGGCAACAGCUUUGGAGCCUGGUAUCAGCAUCACUCCCCAGAUGUCCUGGCUACGCCUCAGAUGAUGUGACUCUGGGAAGGGCGGAUCAGUCCCCAGCCCUCCUACCAAGCCC